UUAUCUAAUGUUAUUGAAGACUUUACCUCAAAAUGCGACACAUGUCAACAACACAAAGCUGUCGAUAGAGGCCACGGCCACACUGCUCCCAAGGAAGCUCCACUCAUCCCCUGGCAACAACUCACAGUUGAUCUCAUCGGUCCUUGGACACUCAUGGUGGCAGGACAAGAGAUCGAGUUCAGAGCCUUGACAAUCAUUGACCUAGUGAUCAACCUGGUCGAAAUUGUGCGCAUUAAGGACAAAACUUUCAACAUCAAUGAUGCCAAACAAUUAGUUGACACUGCCAUUGCAAAUGCAGUGUAUGCACACCGCUGCUCUUAUCACGGAACUAUAACCGCUACGCCCGGAUCACUUGCCUACCCUUACCAUUCAACUUGCUCCUCAUGUAAUUGA